AAACGCUAAUUAAACAUUUGAUUAUGUUCCCCACUCGGUCGAUUUUCGAGUAAAAUAAGUAAAAUCUGUCGCAGUUAGUUGGUGAUGUGAAUUCGCGUGUAGUGAAAAUUGAAAAGAUGUCGGAGAACGAAUCGGUGUAUCGUCGCCUAUGUAAUAUUUUGCCGUCCUUACGAUCAGAGUAUCAGCAUUACACCCUGCAAAUUGAUCGCAAUGGAACAAUAACGACGCGACUCCUUUCGGAGUUUUUCACUGGCACAUUGACCAAUAAAGACAGCGGAGAGGUCACUCAUAUUGUCAUUAAAGUGGUUCCAGCGUUCAGCUUUAUCAAAAGCUAUGAGGAAAUCUAUAGAAACGAAGUCUACCUGUACUCGCAAAUCUUCGACGAGUUGAACAAGUUCCAAAAGCAAAAAGAAGUGAAAGACCCUAUUACGAAUCUACCGAACUACUUGGGCGGUCAUUCGAGUGCCAACAAAGAAUUCAUUGUCCUAGAAAAUCUUAGCAUCGCCGGCUACAAGCUGUACCACGGAAACGAAUGCUUGACACCUGAACAUUUAGAAACGAUUUUCAAAACAUAUGCCAGAUUCCAUGCGUUGUCGUUUGUCUACAAGCACGAAUAUCCAGACCGGUUUCAACAGAUGGCCAACGAGCUGGUGGACAUUGUCAAAUUGCUGAAUGGAAAGGAGUUGGCGCAACCGAUCGCAACUGCAUAUUCAGCUGCAGUUAACAGCUUCAACGCUGCUGCUGAUGCGGAGAUCAUCAAAAAAUUGAGGGAUGUUUCAAAUAUUCGAGAGGUUGCCGCUACAGGUCGUGCCUACGAUGGAGACUAUGCAUGUUUGAUACAUGGAAAUUGCUCAAUGAAUAAUUUGAUGUUCAAAUAUUCGAAAUCCGGAGACCUGGAACACAUCAAGAUGAUCGACUUUCAAUUGGCUUACAUCAGCACGCCAGUGCAUGAUCUUUCCUACAUUUUCUACUCGGGGGCAUCGAAGGCUGAUAUGGAUAAACUGGACUACUAUUUGGAUUUAUAUUACAAUACUUUCGCGUCGUUCGUUUUGGAGCUUGGAGCCAACCCAAAGGAGAUUUAUCCUUACGAAGCUUUGAAGAGCGAGUGGAAAAAAUAUUCAGUGAUCGGCAUCGCUUUUGGGAUUAUCGGUUGGGUGAAGAAACUGAUGAACAGAGAUGAAGUUGUGAACAUGUACAACCAAAACAUGCCCCGCGAUAUUCGCAUAGACUCUUUUCGGAGGCAAAUGUUGGAAAUCUGCAAUGGAAAACCCUUCACAGAACAGGCCAACGCUAUAUGUCGACAUGCUGUGGAAUAUGGAAUUUUUUAAAUCCUUGUGAUGCUUUUUUGCAGGAGUGUUCGCGUGUUGUAAACGAUAUUUAUAGUAAAUAGCUUAUUAGGGAAA